AGGGUGCUGCUGUGGCUUACGUUGCUGACCUUCUGAAAGUACCUGUAAUUUUCUUAAAAGCAGUGACCGAUCUCAUCGACGGUGACAAACCGACGGCAGAAGAAUUCUUGAAGAACUUGGCACUUGUGACCUCUGCGCUACAGGAAACUGCCACUAAUGUCAUCAACUUCAUCAAUGGCAAAACCCUCUCAGACCUUUAACUAUCAUAUCUACUUGUGUUUCUCUUAACCAGGCUUAAGUUGCCUUCCAGCAUCAUUUGCAGUAUAAACGCAUUCCUGGUGAUCACAUUUACUCCACAAUAGUGGCUUCAGUUUUUGAGACGUUUCUUGUUUUUGUUUCAAGUGUUCUA